AUGCAGCACCUCUGGCUUUCGCAGACCGCCGUCCUCCUCCGCCUGUGGUACCGGGAUCUCCUCGCAAAAUGCCAAGAAGCCGCAAAAUCCGUUCGCGCUGCUGUCGCCGCCACUGCUGCUGCCGGUGCCAGCACCAGCGCCAACGCCGGUAGCGGCGGCGGCGGAAGCGGCGCGAUCCAGGGGCAAAUUUGGCGGAUAGGGCGGUUCGGGCGGGGAAUAGGUUAUCAGAUCGGCGACCAGUUGCGCAAGGUGCACCUGGGGGGACGCCGCCGAUGGUUAUUCCUGAGCGUCUUCAUCCUCGCUUCCGCAACCAUGCAAAUGUCGUGGCCAGUGCGGCAGCAGGGGAAGCGACACGCCGCCACGACCCUUCCGGCGUCCUCGUUCCUGGCGGUGCAGCAGCGGGGCGACGGGGAUGACAGUAACGGGGAUGCGCGAAUGGUGGGUGAUGACGAGAUGCCGUUUGCGGAUUCGCGUGAUUGGACGAGCCAGCGGCGAAGGGGGGGGCGCGCGGAGGGUGCUUGGGGCGCAGCGGACAGAGAAUGGGGAGGGAAAGGGGGAACGGAGGGACAGGGGGAGAAUGUUACCAGCAGAGUGGGCACGCAAGAUUGGGUGGGAGGGCUCGUGGGUGGCGGUCAGGUGAAUGUGAGCGGUGGUUUGGGCGCGAAUGGCACGGUGGGGGGAGGGACGAAUAGGAGUGCGGAAGGGGCGGAGGUGCUCCUGGGGAGGAGCGCAGACGGGCCGCUGGGUGGAAAGGGAACACCAACAGGAGGAGGAGAACUGGGAGGAGAGGUAGGAAGGGGAGGGGCUGGUGGAGCGAGAGGGGUUGCGGAAGUAGGCAGGUACUUGGGUGAGUAUGGAGGGAAGGGAGGAGCAGGAGGAGGGGGCAGUGGGGCAGGAAAAGGAGAAGGGAAAGUGGGAAUGGUAGGGGAAGGAGGAAGUAGAGGAGGAGGAGAAAAAUAUGAACCGGUGGAGGGCGGAAAUGAGAAGAUGAGCAUUGGUGGGCAAGCAGGGGGUGGAGACGCAGGGGGUAGAGAGGCAGGGAACAAGAGUUCCUCCGAGGGAGAGCCACGGUCUUAUGGGUACUGGCGAGCAGGAGGCAAGGGCGGGGAAGCGGGGGGUUUGGGCAGCGAGCGGCGAGGCGGGUCAUUGGAGGGUGCAGGUGGCAAUGGGGGGGAUGGGCGGAGAGUGGAUGUGCGAGAGCGGUAUGAGAGGGACGGGCGGGACAAGGUGGCAGGCCGCGGAUGGUGGGGGUGGGGGAGGAGCAGUUGGAGUGGAAGGGGGCAUAAGGGGGAGAGAAGGGGGGAGAAGGAGAGUGGAAGAGGAGAAGAUAGGGGAGGGGGGACUCGACGUGCGGAGGAGGGGGAAGGUAGGGGAGGUGAAGGGGGGAGGGCGUGGAGAGAUGGGCUGGGGGAGGGGAGCAGGGAGGCCUGGGCGAGGAGGGAGAGAGAUGGAGAAGCGAGGGAAGAAGGGGAGAGUGCAGGAGGGGAGAGGGAAGCAGGAGUGCGGCGUGAGUGGGGCAGCAGAGGUAGUGAAGGGAGCAGUGGAGGUGCGGCUAGUGGCAGGGGCCCACUGGGGAGAGACGGUUUGAGUCAUGGAGUUACCCAAGGUCCUCCAGAGGGAGGGAGCUCGCACACGCAGGGAGGAGCAGAGCAGGGCAGGUUGGGGAGAGACUCGCGGAGUGGGGAGCAUGGAGGGCCCAGGGACGAGAGGGAGUUGUGGGAGGAAAGGCGGAGGGACCAGGGCGCGCAUGGGUUGGGAGGAGGGGGCCCGGAGGAGGCAGGUGGAGGGUUCUCGGGGGCCAGGCAAGGGCCAGGAACGUUCGUGGAAAGCAAGGAGUGGGGGCGCGGAGUGGCAGGGAAUGGCAGCUCUGCAGUGGUCCAGAGAGGUGGGAUGGGGGAGAUGAAGGGCAGUGCGUUGGUAGAUAGGGGCGUUGAAGGUGCCGUGGUUGGUAGGGGUGGCAUGGGGGCCCCAGCAGCACCAGCAACGCCAACAACACUAGCUGCACCAGGAGCACCAGUGGGGGGACAGGGAGGAUGGUCUGGGAGUGUGGUGGGACGAACGGGUGCAGCAGGGGUGCAGGCAGGGGAGCUACAGGGGGGAAAAGAGGGCGGGGGAGGGAGAGGGGCAGGAGGGGCUGUGGGAGGGACAGGAACGGGGGCUGGUUCGGAUUCAGUUCGUGGGUCGGUGGUGGGGAUAGGAGGUGGGGGAGGAGGAGGGGGAGGAGGAGCAGGGGGGGUUGUGGAGGGUGCAUCAUCGGCGGAGGCAUUGUAUGGGGCUUCAGUGCAACCUGACGUGCAUGUGGUGGCAGAGGGUCUGCUGCCCAACCGGUUGCAGGCAGUGUGUGUGGCGCACGCCCUCACGCGCGCCUCAGGCCUCUCCGUGCGCCUGCACUGGCGCCAGCACAUGCUGCUGCCCCCUUCCGCCACUCACACCACCACACAACCAGGCACCCUCUCAGCCACAGCCACAGGAAAGGGCACAGGGGUAGGACCAGGGGGAGGAGCAGGGACAGGCGCUGGUGCCGGUGUGGAGGGUGUAGGGGGUGUGGGCGCGGGUUUUAUGGCGGCGGCGUUUGAGGAUCUGCUGAUGCCGCUGCCAGGCAUGACAGUGGAUGUGCACGAGGAGGUGGUGGCGCAGCCGGGCGAGCAGGGCAAGGCGGGGUUUGCAGGCAUGGAUGCGCAGGCGGGCAUGGGAGGGUUCAAGCCUCCUGCUGGCUUUGUGCUGCAGAAGCUGCCAAUGGAGGCACCUGCGUGUGGCCCGGCGCCCUUCCACCAGCGCCAGCACGGCCCCAUCCUGCUCUACCUCUCCUCGCCCGCUUUCCACUCGCACCAACUUCAAGAGUGCAUACAGGGCAUCAUCAACGCCACGUCAGCCUGCCAGCUGGCGGCGCCUCUCAAGACGUGCUACAGCCAGCUGGCGCCGGCGGCACCCGUAGAGCAGCUGAUGGCCAAUGAGAACAUGACACGUGUGCGCGAGUCCACAGGGGUGUACUUUGAGGGCCCCACAUCAUCCCCAGUGCUGUACGGCGGCUUCCUCUGCCCGGCGCCAUGGGUGCUCAACUGCUCGCUGCACCGCCUGCUGCACCGCAUGCUGCACACCCCCUCCGCCACCUUCACCACCGCCUCCUUCUUCCCCUCCUUCUCCACCGUGCUCUCCCGCGCCCUGCACCCCUCUCGUCUUCCCAUCCUGCUCGCUGCCUCCGCGCGCCGCUACACGCUCUGCUCCUUCUUCCGCCCGCCGUCCCUGCCUAUCCGCCCCCCCCAGCCGUCGAUCAGCGAGUGGAACGAGAGGCGGAGAAGCAGGCAGCAGCAGGAGGGGUAUUUUGGGGAGGAGGGGGUGGUGGAGACAUGGAUGGAUGGGGGAGGAGAGGGAGGGGCAAGGGGAGGGGGAGGGGAAGGGGGAGGGGGAGGGGGUGGGGAAAGGGGGCGUGGUGGAGGGAGUAAGGCGGGAGGCAGGCCAGGAGUGGCCCUGGACUUGGGGCUUUCAGCAGUGGAGAAACAGCGAGCAGCCAGUGGGUUUCCCAGCCCUACCAACUCCUCUCGGGCCACAGCGGGAGCCAGAAGGCGGCUGUUGCAGGCUCAGAAGCCCAGGGCUAGCGGUUCAAAGAAGGUGGCAGGCGGAAAGCCUGGCGGUGUGCUGGAGGGCGGUGCAGCAGGUGCUGCCGGCAGGAAGGGCAAGGCAUUUCCUCUGGACGUCGCCAGGCAGUGCGACCAGCUGUGGCUGGCGGAGCUGUUCACCCUGGGGCGCGCGCGGGCACUGCUGCACCUGGCGCGCUCCAUAGAAUCCGACUUCAUCGCCUCGCAGGCCGCAGCAGCGGAGGCAGCGGAGCGACUGGAAGCCGAGGCGAACGCCGUGCUGGCAGGGAUAGACGUGUUCCUUGCUUUGUACCACAAUGAGGGGGGCGAUGGGCACGGGGGGAGUGGUGGUGGUGGUGGUGCUGGGGGGGCUGGUGCGAAGGGGAAAGGAGGGAGUGGGGGGGGUGGGGCGUCGCGGUUUGCGCUGCUGCCGCUGAUUCCCAGCACAGCCCAGGCUAUGAGCUUGUUCUCGAAGAGCACUGUGGCGCAUCAGCUUAUAGUGGAUGGUGAGUGGGGAGGAUGGCGGCUUCCCAACUGCACGAGCUUCUUGUUCACUCACCUCUCCCUCCCUCUCCUGGCUCCUCUCCACCUUUCAUCCAACCCCUUUCCUCUCUUCCCGCCCUCCUCCCUGCCCUCCCCUGGCUCCUCCGUCAGAGCUUGGUGUCUGUCCACUCCCCCACCUUGUCUUUCCCUCCUAUCCUCUCUCCCUCCCUCCGUCCCCCCCGGCAACUACCAGAGCGCCUCAACGCCAUGUACUGUUUCGUCCCCAAGGCCCCUGCACGAGCUUCUUGUUCACACUCUUUCCCCUUUUUCCCCUCCUUCCCCUGCUGCUCCCCCCUCAGAGCGCCUGAGCGCCAUGUACUGUUUCAUCCCCAAGGUGGCAUGCACCUCCUGGAAGGUCUGGUUCCGCACCUACCACCGCCUGCCCAACCCCGCCAGCAUCGACUGGGCGCACGCACCUGGUGCCAACGGCCUGCCCGAGCUCUGGUUUGCCUUCAACGAGGCGGAAGCGCUGCGCGCGCUGUCGGAUAGAAGGCUGUUCCGGUUUGUGUUCCUGCGGGACCCGUUUGCGCGCGUGGCGUCGGCGUACUUGGAUAAGCACGUGGCGGGGGGCGUGGGGAGCAAGGGACGGAGAGCGAGUGGGAGCGAGGAGAGGAUACUCAAAGGGCGCCAGCAGUGGAACAUGCUCUUAUUCGGCCGGGUGCCGAAGCUGCUAAUGCAGCUGGCAAACCCGGUGUCCCACCUGCUGUCCUUCCGUGACUUCGUCUACCUCAUCGAACGAGUGCCCAAGGAUUGGCUUGAACCACACAUUGCACCGCAGGCGCGCCUGUGUGGGUUACAUGACAUCAAGUACGACUUUGUGGGGCGCCUGGAGUCCCUGGAGCGAGAUGCCGCUGCCGUGCUGCACCGCCUGGGGGACCUGCCCUCCUACAACCUCUUCUCCUCCCCUACCUCUGCGGCCUCGCUCGCUGACGCCGAUGCUGCUGCCGACCCUGCCACUCUCGCUCUCGCCAUGAGUGCUGCAGCUGGCGCUGCUGGUGCUGCAGGAAACAAGGCGCAGCUGGGAGUGGGGCAAUUCCAUGUGACCAACGCAGCGAGCAAGCUGCUGGAGCUCAUGCAUCUCUUCUCGUUAUCCGCCUCCACUCCACCAGUCCAAGUGAUGCUUCCCACACACCUUCCCACUCUCCUACUUUCCGACUCGCAAGCUCUCCUUUAG